AUGCCGGGUCCGUCGGAGCGAGCUCGGCCUCGCCAACCACUACCAUCUCCGCCGGUCAGCGCCCCGCCAGUGAGGACGCGCCUCGCGUUGCACAUGGCGUCAAGCGUAGCCGAUGACCGAGCCGUGCAGAUGAAGUUCAAGUCUCUCGGCGACCGAUGGCUGAUGCGUGUACUGCCAACUGAUACGAUCGGUCAUGUCAAGGAAUGCGUCCGAAACUUACUGGGGCGACCCAACGCGCCGAUGAUGCUCAUCCACGAAGGGCAGGCGCUUCAAAACGACGCUGAGAUGUUCGGUGGUUGUGGCUACCAGGAGGGGUCUGCUAUCAUCGUUGUUUUGAUGAAGGAACGAGACGUGCCGCUCCAAAUGCAUGUGUCAUCGGCCAAUCCAUCGUCUACCGACCACCGACCGUCUCGCCCUGCUUCCUACGACAUCACCGAGCCGUUUCAACCCGGCGCGAGGUCCCGCGAUGUGCAAGCAGGACCCGACCGUACACUUUUGGAUUUCACAAUCCAGGAAGCCCAGCACACAUCCGGGACUGAGACGACGAGCCAGGAGACGCGAGAUAUGGUUGUCUACGAGAACCGUGGAGCCAGAGGCUUCGGUCCAAGGCCUGCCGACCGUCUACCAAAGUUAAUGGAGUUUGUGCAAAAUGCUCGACGGCCACAACAGUGUCAUCGAAAUAUGGCGCGACGUUGUGCACCCGGUGCACCAGAGACUGUGGACGUGACCGCCGCGCAGUGGCUGCCACCGACGGAAAAUGUGAUUGCAAAGGAAAAGAAGAAGCCGAAGAGAACAGCGUCAGCAUGCAUGCUAUUGAAGUCGAACAAGAUGGAAGGCUACAUUAUGGGAACCACAAUUGGCAUGCAUCCAAGGCGGGCGGCAGAUAUUGACAAGCCGUAUCAGUUGAAACUGACGUCGGGCACAGGGACUAUGCGUCAACUUAUCAAGCACUUUGCUCUCGAUGAAACUGCACGAAAAACCUACAAGGAUACUAUGAUCGAGCUGAUCAUCCAGAUCCUUGGGAUCGGUCCCUCCUUUUUGCGUGACACGCCUCCAUGCCGUGUCUGCGUGACCAAGAUCCCGCUGACUCGCAUGCUAGUCGAAACGGAUGCACCAUAUUUCCAGUCGGAAUGUGAGAAGGACUACCCUCUUACGCCAAAGGGAACCAAGGUGUUCAAGCGACAGCCCUCAAACCAUCCGGCGGCCUGCUCACUCGUCAUCACCUACAUUGCCAAGCUGAAAGGCAAAACAUUUCGCGAGAUCGCAGAUAUCACCCGUGAGGGCACUCGUCGCUUCUUUCAACUUGACCGGCUGCCGCUACAGUGGCACGGCCCACGAAGGCCUCCGCUGUUGAAGGUCGUAGCGCCGAUGGAG